AUGGAGAGAAAAACAAAGGUUAAAGACAAAACUGAACUUUCUCCUACUGAACAAAGGAAAAGUGGCAAAGCAGACCAGGUAACUAUGCCGGUAAAGAAGGUUGGCAAAGCUGAAGGGAUUCUAACAAAAAAAAAGGAAGGUCGUGGGCUAAACACUGAAAUCCACCCGGCACUAUUGACCUCCAAUUUAAAUUUCAUUAGGGAACAACAACACAACGAUAACCCAUAUUUGAGUACAUUAAAUAAGCACACUGGCUAUGAAAAUAAGAUACACAAGAGGUACCAAAGAGGACUGAGCUUUUUCCAGAAAGGUGAAAUAAGUUCAAAGAUUUCUGACGAACGUCAAGUUCAACGAGAAGAAUUGGAAAGGAACAGACAAUUCAAUGAGAGAGAGAAAAUCAGACUUGAAAAGGAGGAUAAGAAGAGAAGAAUAAAAAUCGAGAGAGGAGAAUUGCCUGACUUAGAACUUGGUGAAGAUAAGUAUAUCUUGAAAGCUUCAUCGGUACCAACGGUUGAAUGGUGGGAUCUUCCAUUUUUAGAGGAAAAGUCACUACAAAUAUUAGACAAAUAUUCUAUGCCUUAUCCUAACGAUGAAGAUUUUAUAUCAGAUGAAGGUGACGUCGAAGAAAUUCAUCCAUCGAUUCGCUAUAUCCAACAUCCUGUCCCUAUAAAAGUCGAAGAGGUGAAAAUAAAAGAUAAGAUAUAUUUGACCAAAAAAGAACAAAAAAAAGUUCGUCGUAAUACAAGAAAAUUAAUAAGACAAGAAAAGGAGGAAAAAAUUAAGCUUGGAUUAGAGCCCAAACCUCUACCUAAAGUAAAACUAUCUAAUAUGAUGAAUGUUUUUGAGAAUAAUCAAAAUAUUACUGAUCCAACAACAUGGGAAACUACGGUGAAACAGCAAGUUAACGCAAGGAUGAGAAAACAUGAGGAAGAGAACAAUGAAAGACAUGAAUUGGCUGUCCGGAGAAGGAAAGAAGAAAGAAAUUCGAUGUUAGGGAAUAAAAACCAAACUACUACUCAAUUAGAAAGUUGUUGCAAGGUAUUUUGGUUUAAAAAUCUUCGAAAUCCUAAGAUAAGAUAUAAAUUGAAAACGAAUGCCAAACAAUUAGAUUUGAAAGGAUUUAGUAUAAGGCUUGGAGAUCCUGGCCCAGGUAUUAUUAUAGUCAUCGGAACAGAAAAAUCUUGCAAAUUUUUCGAGAAUUUGGUGCUUCGAAGAAUUAAAUGGAGUGAGAAUUUCAAAGAUCAAAAUAUAGAAAAUUCUGAAAGAGUUGUAGAUCAAUCAGGAAAUAGAGCAGAGAAGGUUUGGGAGGGAUAUUUGAAAGAGCACAAGUUUCCAAGGUGGUUUAUGAGAGCCUGUGCUAAUGAUGACGAGUUCAAAGGUAUACUGGAGAAAUUCGAUGCCCAGAAUUUUAUUGAUAUAAAUAGAAUUAAAUGCAAUUUGUGA